GCACUUCCUUGUUGGCAUCCUUUCUCCAUGCUGGAUUUAUGAAAUAUAGAACUAUCUCCGACAACUUAAGGACUCAGCUGAAACGGUCCGGUAUCUUGAGGAUGGCUCUCGCCGGCUCGGAAACGACGGACCAGGACGGUCACGGAGAGACUUUCCUCCUGCGGGCUGUGAGGAUAGCAGCCGUGGUCGCUCUGUACUGGUUUGUUUCAAUAACUAUGGUGUUUCUAAAUAAUUACCUGCUGGAUAACCGGGAGCUGGACGCGCCGUUGUUCGUCACAUUUUAUCAGUGUGUGGUGACGGUGGGGCUGUGCUGGCUCAUGCAGCUGCUGGCCACACUGUGUCCGGGACUCAUCGACUUCCCCUCGGUCAAAUUCGACCUGAAGACGUCCCGGGAAGUCCUCCCGCUGUCCGUCGUCUUCAUCGGCAUGAUCACAUUCAACAACCUGUGCCUGAAACAUGUCGGAGUGGCUUUCUACACGGUCGGCCGGUCGCUCAGCACCGUUUUUAAUGUGCUGUUAUCUUAUAUUAUCCUCAAACAGACCACUUCAUUGAAAGCCAUACUCUGCUGCGGGAUCAUACUGGGUGGAUUCUGGCUCGGUGUGGACCAAGAGGGCAUAGCAGGGUCCCUCUCCUGGUCAGGUGUCUUUUUUGGGGUGAUUGCCAGCGCUUGCGUAUCCAUGAACGCCAUCUACACUAAGAAGGUGAUGCCAGCAGUGGAUGGAAACAUCUGGAAACUGUCCUACUACAAUAACAUUAACGCCUCCGUCCUCUUUCUCCCGCUCAUCCUUGUGUUCGGAGAGUUUGGCCGCGUCUUCAGCUUCAGCCGCCUCACUGACCUCGGGUUUUGGGGCAUGAUGACACUCGGAGGAGUGUUUGGUUUCGCCAUUGGCUACGUCACGGGCCUCCAGAUCAAGUAUACAAGUCCACUCACACACAAUGUCUCAGGGACCGCGAAGGCCUGCGCCCAGACUGUUAUUGCAGUGGUGUACAACUCCUCCAGUAAAAGCCUGCUGUGGUGGACCAGUAACAUGAUGGUUCUCGGUGGCUCGUCGGCGUACACGUGGGUCAAAAGUCUGGAAAUGAAGAAGACUCCCCACAGAGAACCUCAGGACUCGGCCAAGGAAAAACUGCUGCCAGGGGAGAAAGGCAACAUGGGAGUGUAAACUCUAAUCAUGCUGAGAAACCUUUAGUUUUUACCCAUGUGGCGUGAGAGUGUGACACAAUGUAACAUUUAAGGCCUUUACACACCAAGUCCAUAUUUUCGUAAACUUUUUUUUUUUUAAAUUUGUCAUCCAACGGAAAUCGUUACGCAUGGACGGCUGUUUGUUGUUGAAAUUCGCAAAAUUAGAUAAAACAGUAAAAUACACUUUCUCCCCAUCUCCUCUCCACUCACGGUUCCCACAAUCAUGGAAACCUUGAAAAAGUCAUGGAA